AGACGUCCGGGGCUGGCAAGCGCUGCCUACGCAGCGCUGAGGCGACCUGGAGUUUGUGGCGCUGUGAUGGUCUAGAGGCUGGAGAUUCAAGAUCUCGGCACCAUCAUUUUCUGGUUCUUUUGAUGAUCCUCUUCAAGGUUACAUACAGCUCACAUCUUGCAUCCUCAAGUGUUUUUCUUCUACAGCUAAAAAAUCGCAAAGCACAUAUCAAUGAAUCAGCAAGAUCUAGAUCCAGAUAGUACUACAGAUGUGGGAGAUGUUACAAAUACUGAAGAAGAACUUAUUAGAGAAUGUGAAGAAAUGUGGAAAGAUAUGGAAGAAUGUCAGAAUAAAUUAUCACUUACUGGAACUGAAACACUCACUGAUUCAAAUGCUCAGCUAUCAUUAUUAAUUAUGCAGGUAAAAUGUUUAACCGCUGAACUCAGUCAAUGGCAGAAAAAAACACCUGAAAUAAUUCCUUUGACUGAAGAUGUUCUCAUAACAUUAGGAAAAGAAGAGUUCCAAAAGCUGAGACAAGAUCUUGAAAUGGUACUGUCCACUAUGGAGUCAAAGAAUGAAAAGUUAAAGGAAGACUUAGAAAGAGAACAACGGUGGUUGGAUGAACAGCAACAGAUAAUGGAAUCUCUUAAUGUACUACACAGUGAAUUGAAAAAUAAGGUCGAAACAUUUUCUGAAUCAAGAAUCUUUAAUGAGCUGAAAACUAAAAUGCUUAAUGUAAAAGAAUAUAAGGAGAAACUCUUGAGUACCUUGGGCAAGUUUCUAGAAGACCAUUUUCCUCUGCCUGAUAGAAGUGUUAAAAAGAAAAAGAAAAACAUUCAAGAAUCAACUGUACAGCUGAUAACACUGCAUGAAAUGUUAGAGAUUCUUAUAAAUAGAUUAUUUGAUGUUCCACAUGAUCCAUAUGUCAAAAUUAGUGAUUCCUUUUGGCCACCUUAUGUUGAGCUGCUGCUGCGUAAUGGAAUUGCCUUGAGACAUCCAGAAGAUCCAACUCGAAUAAGAUUAGAAGCUUUCCAUCAGUAAAAGGAUGUUUUCUUUUUUCACACAGUAAAAAAAUCUUAUCAUUCAAGGAUAUUGGAACCACAGGACUAUUUGGAUAAAAAACAUUAUUUGCAAAUUAAUGCACAUAGUCCAUCUUCCUUUUAUCGCUAAAUGGCAUGUGCUGCCAUCUAUUAUUCAUUUUUAAAUGAUCCUUUCUUCAGUCCGUGCUUUGGUGUUUUAAACUAUAUGGAGAAGAAUGCAGGUAGAUAAUAUUCUAGGCAUAAAACAUUUAAUAUACCUUACCUCAUGCAAUAUUCUUUGGAAAAUUCUUUGUUGAUUUAUUAUAUUGCUAAUGUUUUCUUAAAAUGUGUAACAAUAUCUUUCAUGCAUUUUGACUUCCAAUUGGUGCUUCUUUAUAUUUAGAAAUUAUAAUGGGAAGGUCAUUUAAUUUGCGGAUGGUUUUAAAAUUGAGGUAAUAUCUGAUGUAGAAGCUGGCAUAAUUUAAAAGUAUUUAGCAAAUUGUUUCAUAUGUACUGCCUUAUUUCUAGCUUUGUUUAAAAUUGGAAUAUGAAAAACUGAUGGAUAAAGCUAGCAUAAAAUUGAUAUUUUAGUUUGUAUUAUUCAUAUACCAUGUAACCUUAUAUAUUAAUCUACUCUUGAUUCUGCUAAUUAUUACCAACAAAAUUGUAUUCAUGACAUUUUAUUAAUCCUCUAUGAAUUUUCUUUAAAUAAAAUUAUUUCUAAAAAUCUCUA